GCAGAUGCGGAGCUGUCGACAGCAAAGCCGGUCCGUCGCAGAUCUCUCUCAUUACUCCGCCUCCCUCCCUCCAUUGCUAAGCAUUCGCUUCCACUUCAUUCCUCCUCUCAAACUGAAGAACCGUCUCUUGUCAUUAGAUCCGUCCUCGUCGUUGUCGUAGCUGGUUGCUGUCCCCCUCCCCUUCCCCCAGAGGGGCGCUUUCAAUAUGGGGCUCACGUUUACGAAGCUGUUCACGCGACUGUUCUCCAAGCAGGAGAUGCGCAUUUUAAUGGUGGGUCUUGACGCUGCUGGUAAGACGACUAUUCUGUACAAGCUGAAGUUGGGCGAGAUCGUCACCACCAUUCCUACCAUCGGUUUCAACGUGGAGACCGUGGAAUAUAAGAACAUUAGUUUUACCGUGUGGGAUGUCGGAGGUCAGGACAAGAUCCGGCCAUUGUGGAGGCAUUACUUCCAGAACACUCAGGGGUUGAUCUUCGUCGUGGACAGUAACGACAGAGAUCGAGUUGUGGAAGCUAGGGAUGAGCUUCUUCGUAUGCUAAACGAGGACGAGCUGCGUGAUGCAGUCCUGCUUGUGUUUGCCAACAAACAGGAUCUUCCAAACGCCAUGAAUGCUGCUGAGAUCACCGACAAGCUGGGACUUCACUCGCUGCGCCAGCGCCAUUGGUACAUCCAGAGCACGUGUGCGACGUCUGGAGAGGGGCUAUACGAGGGUCUGGAUUGGCUCUCAAGUAAUAUUGCUAACAAGUCUUGAUUGGUUACGCGCAUGGAGAUAUCGAUAUGUGAAGGUUUGUACACCAAGUGAGGUUUCAUUAGCUGAAAGGGGAAAAGGUGUAUUAUACGUAUAGUAGAUCUGUUAAGGUGGUGUAGCGUGAAAUAGGCGUCGUUAGAAUGAUUUCGUCUCUGUGUGUUCUUUAGUAAACAAGAUGAAUUCAGUAAGCAAGUUAACCAAUUAGCACAUUUUACACCCAUGGCUUUGGAUUUGCAUCAUAGUUUUUUGCAACUAUCUGUCGGAUGAAAUUUUUCUUUAUCCUAUCAAUAAUUUUAUCUCAAUCACAAAAUUCAUUACA